UUCAAUGGGGAUGAGAGAGCAGGAGAAAGACUUGGAUAUUGAUCUCUCACUCCAAAUUGAUGCUAAAGAAGAAAAACGAGAAGAAGGCGUAGACGACGAGGAAGAAGAAGAUGAUCAUCGCGUCGACGAUGGUGUUGAAGAAGCAGCAGCAGAAGAAAAAGAGGAUGAGCUAGAACCAAGAGUACAGAAUAACAAGCUAAAAACAACGGAAGCCGGUGCCGGUGAAGAGGAAGACGAUGAUGCCUCAGUAGUCGAAACAUCGUUGCAGGAGAAUAAUAUGAAGACGGAUCAGGAGUUAAGCGUUUUACAAAUGGAGAUGAGCCGGAUGAAGGAAGAAAACAAGGUUUUGAGGAAGGUCGUAGAGCAAACGAUGAAAGGUUAUUACGAUCUUCAAAUGAAAUUUACGGUUAUCCACCAAAGUAACCAAAACAAGGAUCCUCAAACCUUUCUCUCACUUGAUGGUAACGAUCCCAAUGCAACUCAAGGACCCAAGAUGAGUUCCAAGAUGUUAGAUAUCAGCCAUAGAUCUCCAGUACCGUCACCAAAACGUGAUGAAGUUACUGAAGAGAGUCAACUAGGGUUGUCACUGAGGCUACAAACCAGCUCUGCUACUACUGCCACUCAAUUAAGGGGAAGAGAAGAAGAAGAUGAUGAUAAAGAAGAGAUCAAUAACAAGGAAGGAUUGACGAGGACUGCUAGUCUUACAUCAUCAUCAGUGCAACUGCAAAACAAGUUACAGCGGACCGAAUUGGCCGGAAUUACGAGCCACGGUGCCCCUCAUCCCAAUCGGAAAGCUAGGGUUUCGAUUAGGGCAAGAUGUGAAUAUGCCACGAUGAAUGAUGGGUGCCAAUGGAGGAAAUAUGGGCAGAAAAUCGCGAAAGGAAACCCUUGCCCACGAGCCUAUUAUCGUUGCACAGUAGCCGCGGGAUGCCCAGUCAGAAAACAGGUUCAAAGAUGCCAAGAGGACAUGUCCAUACUUAUAACAACUUAUGAAGGAACACACAACCAUCCUCUUCCAGUGGAUGCAACAGCCAUGGCUUCAUCAGCUUCUGCCGCAGCUUCCUGCAUGUUACUAGAUUCAAGUAACCAUCAUUUAGCAGAUGGCACACCCUCUAACUACACUCAAGUAUCCCUCCCUUACUACAAUAGUAAUACCCCUCAUAAUAUGAUGAACCUGAACCCUUCAUCUCACUCCUCGUCAAACUAUCGAAUCAUCAAUCCUCACGACCCUUCCAAAGGACUUGUUCUAGACCUCACAAACAACUUUUACGAUACUAUUACAUCCCAACCCCAAAAUAUUCCCAUGGCCAUGGGUAGCUCCUCAUCAUCUGCAGCACCAGGUUUUAGUAGUAGUUGGAUGAUGAGCAAUACUAGCAGCAGAUCUGCAAACUAUUAUACCAGUAAUAGUCUCACCAACCGUCUUUUGGCUAACGGCAGUAGAUCAUCCGGCAUGGCGCUAGCGGACGAUCAGAAAGGUAACUGGAGAUCAGGGGAAGAAAAUAUGUCGUUAUUGGCUGAAAAUGUAAGUGCCAUUGCUUCAGACCCUAAAUUUAGGGUUGCUGUUGCAGCUGCUAUCACAUCCCUCAUUAAUAAAGACAACCAUGCAACAACUAGUCAUCCUGCGCCGACUGCUUUUGCCCCAAGAGAUCAUGAAGACAACAAUGGUAGCGCAUCUACUAGCAACAAUUGGGCCGUUGAUCAACAAUCUCUCUCAUCCAAUGGUAAGCUCAUUCGCAAAAACACCUUAGAAUAAUUAUCUUCUUAAUGUUUUCUCCCUUUUUUUCUUCUUCUUUUAAAUAGUGUAUGUAAUAUUUCUUACUUAAUAAUCCAUUUGU